AUUUGUGUGGGAGAUGCGAAAAUAUAAGAAGACGGCGGCACCCUGGACCAAAUUAUAUAUCGUCCGCAACCCUUAGAUUUUGAGAAUGAAGUCGACGAUUAUUCUCCUCGGCAUUGCAGCGUUUCUUACUCACGUAAAAGCCGAAACCGAAUGCGAAAAACACCGAAAGAGAGAACUGGAUCACCAAGCUAUAGGAUUAGUCAUCCCGGAAUGUGACGAAAAUGGCGAUUACCAAGGACUUCAAUGUCACAAGGAUCAUAGUUUUUGUCAGUGUUGGGACAAGAAGGGUCAUCCCCUGACUUCACCGUCCAGAAAAAUCAAAGCUUGCCAAUGCGUUAGAGAUAAAGUUUCCGCCGAAAAAGACAAUUUAGUGGGUUCUUACGUCCCUCAGUGCAGAGUCGACGGAACGUACGAACGAAUGCAAUGUUGGGCCAGCACGGGAGCUUGUUGGUGCGUGGAUAAAGACGGCAACAAACUUACGAAAGAGACGAGAAAUAAAAUCGAAUGCCAAGAAUAGCUAUUAUUUGUAUUCCGAACACAAGUUGCUUAACAAAUUUAUAACGAAAACCGCAGUUAAAAUAUCGACUAUCUUAUAAUUGACGGAAUGUACGAAAAAUGCAUUUUUCAAAUUAUUUGUAAAGUUAUUUUUAUAAUUGUACAACACUUAAAAUAAAGUCGAACAAUAGAGACUCGUAGGUUGUAAAUAACGUUUAAGCGUGUCAUUUCUAUUGCCAGACCGGUUUGGGAUAAGGACCAAUAAAAGCUGCGUUUACACUAGUUACACAGAGGGCUGG